UUGAAUUAAAUACAGAUAUGCGAAAUCGUUGAUUUUGUAUGGGAAAUGGGUGGCCCCCACUAGGGUGGCCCCAGUAAGGGUGGUUUGACUUAUACGCCAUAAUGAUGAAAAGGGGAGCCCCUAAGCCGGGAGACAACCUUGGCUGCCAACUCAUACUCGACUCCUUCGGCUUCAUGUUCAGGCUUCUCAUAAGAGGUGAAAUCGACGACUUUUUCAUGCGACCUGACUGGGAGAAUGCACUCUCGACGAUGCUUGCUGACGUCGUAAGACGCUUCGCAAAGAUCCGCAAGAUCCCUGAGCACCUACAAGACUUGCGUGUUCUUGAAGCGCUCUCUAUAACUCUUAACGACGUAGGGGAAAAUUUCCGCGCGCUCGACCGAAAAACCGUACAGCCUCUAUUGCAGAGCAAGACUAUUUACGAAGAAGACGACCUGGGAUCGCCUUUUGGCACGAGUUACAUGUUUCCGAACGGCGUAACUGCAUUGCAUUUCACUAACGUAGCCUCCUUUAACAUCGUGAUCAAUACGCUUAGACAAGAGUUGAAUACGAUGUUAGAUAUCAACGACCCGAGUCUGAAAGCCGAAUGUCUCGAAUGGAGCAGACAGAUCUGGAAGUCUUGUCGAUAUACCUUGUCUUUGAAACCGCUUUGCUCGGCGUUGUUCAGCAGGCACAUAUGUGUAUCAUAUAUGUUUGCAGGGCCUCCUGACCGAGCUUACCUUCUUGACGUCUUGGAAGAAACCGACAGCUGUCGACAACAUUCUGCCAGAAGGUGGACGGAGUCAGCUGUGUUCUCGCAAUAUAAUAGCCUCCUAGGACGAUGAUCUGGGGAAAGGUGAUAUAUGUGCUCAAUUAUGAGGAGGAUCAACUAUGGCUUGGCCUAAUUCGGUUCGGAAUACCACCCAGGAAAUUCAACUAGUACUAUUAUGAGAGAAAAUCUCUGUACCUCGGAAUAAUGAUGUAUAUAUUCAAAGAAUUCGUGUGUUCAACGUCGACCGUUUGAAGGAUCACUCUAUCCACUCUUUCUUGAUAUGUAAUAUCAACGUACCAUGCUAUGAUUGCGAAUCCUCAAUGAUAACAAUCCUCGUAAAUGAAACCACAAUAGUUUAUUUUAU